GUUUUCCAUAGACCAUUUGCAGUACCUACAACUUUCGGUGUUCGGUCGUUUCUGAUAUACGUUCGUUUCGUUGUCUGCUCCGUAGAUAGUGGGGGGACCACCAUAAUUAAAGUAAAUCUAUAGUGGGGACCAAAACGGUUGUCUGAUUCGUUAUUUGCCAAUCCAAUCACCACUACCACACUCAUUUCUUAUUUUUCGCAUCUAUAUCUAUGCUAUCGCAAUCGAGCGGAUGCUCGAACCUUCUAGAAUAGUCCAUAAUUCCAUAUCACUAUUGCCUGUUUGUUAUACGAGUGUUUUUUAAUUUUGUUUUUUACCCCCAACCAGAUUUUUCGUUAACGUGACCGUCUACGAAGUUCUUGCUCCGUUUUAAAUGUGUUAAUAUUGCCUUCGGUAUUUACCAUCAUAAUAUUCAUUUUUACCGCGUAUGAACUAUAUUAUUGUUAGGUUAAUCGAUGCUGUUAAUAAAUAAUGCCUUUUGCUGAUCGUCGAGAUCGUAAUAAGUCAAAGUUUGGCGAUCGUAUUCGCGGAAAGUCUACGGACGAAAUAUUGGAAGAGAUCAAGAAAGAAUUCGAUAACAACAGUGGAAGUAGCAUGUUUUUCGACAAGUCGGACAGAUCCAGGACUUCUCCACAAGGGGUAUGUAAACCAUUCUUACCUAUUGACCAAAUAAUUCAGUGAUUUUAUUUAUUUUUUAUUUGCGUGUUCAAUAAUAAUAAUAUCUAAUAUUUAUUAUUUUGAAUAAAAUAGAUGGAAAUCCGAUAGUGCAGAAAAUUAUACAUACAUUUAAUAAAAUAAUUAUUUUUUUUUUUUUUUUCAAAGAAAACUGAUACUGCUAAUGGGUGUGCCACUGUUGUAGGUGGGAAAUUGAAAAUGUACGAUACAUAAGUUACUUAUUUAUUUAAAAUCUAUAAGAAAUGAUAUUUUAUUACUAAUGAAAUUCUGUUAAACAUAUGAAACUAUGCAAUUUUUAAGAUUUCCUCAAAAUUUGAAUUUAUAAAAAAACUUCUAUAUAACUAAAUUUGUAUUAUUUUUUUACCACAAAAUACAACUUAUGAUAAACCUCAUGUUAAAUUUGUGUUGUGUUGUGUGUAAUGUUUUAUAUUUAAUAUUGACUAACAGUUAUGUAUAAGCAAAUUAUUUGGAAUAAAACCACAAGUUUAAACACUAUUUUAUUUUCUUAUAGGUAGUGGUUUACAGGAAAUUGUUGUAUUUUUUAAUUUUAUUUUUCAAAUUAUUCUUAUAGUUAACUACAUAAACUACAACAUAAUCAUAUUUUUUACUAAGUAGAUAUACUUUUUAAUCUUUUACCUAGGCAAUAAAAAAUAGUAUAACUUUAAGAACUUUAAUUCAUAUUAAUUUUUUUUUAUAUUUAUAUAAAAUAAAUACAGUUCUUAAAUAGUAAUUUAUAUAUGAAUAUUUAUUGCUUGAGAAAAUCAAUAAUUUUUGUUAUAAUACAUAGAAUACAUAUACUUAGAGUAGGUAAUUAUAUUUUGUUUUUUAGUUAUGACCUUGUAGGAAUGGUCAAAAAUCUUAUUAAUAUAAAAUAAUUACACUAAGUGCUUAAAUAUUUUGUGCUCUAUAUUUAUCUUAUUUGUUUAUUAAAUUACAGUACCUGAUAGGUAUUUUUGACUAUUACUCAAAUUAUUUUAUGAUAAUAAUAUGACUUGAUCAUUUUCUAUUUGUUCUAUGUUCUUGCAUUAAUUUAAAUUAAUUGUUAUCCAAUCCAAAAUAUAGUUUAUUCAAUUAAGAACCUAUUUUUAAUUAGGGUAUGGUUUAUUUGGCACACAAAAAUCUAACAUUCCUCAUUGAUGAAUAUUCUAGAGCAGUUGGUGUGGCUAUCGCCUACAUAUUUCAUGCCCACACAUUUAUGGUGGUGUUUAAAUGAAAACUGUUUUAAUCUGUUAUUAAUAAACAUAUAGUCACUGUAGUUUAAAGAUGUUACUACUCCCCAAUAUACCUAUUGUUACUUUAUAGUAUAUUAUAGUUGUAUAUUAUUUACUGACAGAUUUAAUCACUAUCUAAUAUAUUUGCAUGUUUUUGUUUUGUGUGAUAUAUUAUUAUUAUUACUUUUUUUUUUUUUUUUUUUUUUUGUGUGUGUUCCUUCAGUGAGUAACAAAUAUUUUGCUGUUUUUGGAUGUUAUGGAAGCGGCCAAAAUUAAUCCUGUCAUUUAUUCUUUACCGUCCUCUCAUAGUUAUACAUUGGUAAGUUACAAAUAUUUAUUAUAUCAGGGAUGCAUAAGUACAUACAGCAUUAAAAGGUAAUUUACGUUUUAUUAUAAAUUAAUUUUAUUUGUUUAAAUUAAUAAACCUAUAUUUAUAUUUUUAUAUCUGCAGAACUUUAAUUUUUAAAAUAUUUUUCACUUUAUUUUAAACAAUAUUAUUUCACUCAUACAGGGUCAUUUAAAUUUCAUGAUUCAGUCAAAUUUUACUUGAAAUUCUUAUUUUUAUGGAAAAAAAAAAAAAAGUCGUAAAAACAUUUUAGAAUCAUUCUAAAAUGUUUACCAUCUGUUUUUUUGUUACUCAUUUUUGGGAGUGAAACGUCUAUCUAUUUUUGAUUUUUAAAUGUCUCAUCCUGUAUUAUAAAAUUCCACAAUUAAAUGCCUUUUGGUAUUAAAAUUUUUGAUUUCUAUUAACCUGUUGACGAAAUAUUCCACUUUAAGAUUGGUUAAGGGGAAAAGUAAUAGAGCAUAAUUUGAGUAGCUACACACACACCACAUUUGAAUAGUACUCUAUAACUCUUCCCCUAUUCAAACUUCAAAAUGUCUCGUCAACAGAGACGUGGAAGUCAAUAGUUUCAACACAAAAAUAUAUUUAAACCAAUGCUAUUCAUACAAUUUUUAAUAUAAAUUGCCAUUUGAAAACCAGAAGUGGGUAGUAUUUACACCCCUAAAAAUAAGGAUAAUGUAACAUUUUAGAAUUUAUGAUUCCAAAUGGUUUUACAUAAGUGAUUUUUUGAAAAAAUUUGUAUUCUAUGACAAAUUUGACUGUUUCAUAAAAUUUCAAUAAUUUUAUAUAGUAUAUUUACAUAUUUUUAAAAACAAAUUGUUUAUAACUUUUUUAAAUAAGUACUAAAAGUAAUUGUUAUAUACAAAUAAAAUAAAUUUCUUCAUAGAGAACUUAGUUUAUAUUUAAUUAUUAACCUUUUCACUGCUCCAGCUAUACUAUUAUGUAAUUUAGUACCUAUGGAACAUAAAAUAUCAAUAUGUUGAUAAUACUGAAAAACAAAAACAAAUUUAGUCAUUUUUGACUUUGAAACUUGUUUUGCUUUCUUAGUUUAUUAAGACAAAAAUGAAAAUAAUUUUGUCUUUAUGUGACAUUAACAGUUUGCAGAUUAUAAGUAAUGUAGCAAUGAAAAUGCUAAUGAAUAGGACCUAUAUAUUUUUUACAUAAAAAUAAUUUAUUGAGUAAUCCGUUCGUUUAUUUUAUAUUAAAUAAAUAUAAAAUAUACAUACUUGCUUAAUUUUAAAAAAAUAAAAAUUUUCCAUUUUUCUUAAAAUGUGUAAUUUUAAGUUUUAGGAUUCAAUCAUUUAUUAAAAAAAAAUAUAAUGUUCUAAUGACAUUUAAAUGAGCACAUUUUAAGGAACAAUUUUUAUUUUUUUUCAUUUAUGUAUUUGUAUUUAAUGUUGAUAUUGAAAAGUGAUUUAUUAACAUUUAUAAACUAACUUUGGUACUGGUCUCAUUGACACCAGCCAUUUACAUCUUGUAUUUUAAAAUGUAUAAAAUAGAUACAAAAACUAUUUGAAGCAUUUAUUAUUCUGUAUUUAUAGAUUAUAUAUUUAAACUAAAAAUUUUACAAAAUUCAUGUGGCCAAUAUAUAAAUAGAUAAAUUAUAUAUGAAUAAAUAAAUCGUAAAAAGUAAAAAAUUAUUUAAAAAAACCAACAUAUUCUAUCAUACAUUAUAUACUGGUAGCCAAAAUUUUGCUAUGUCCUUCAGAAUUUCAUUAAAUUGUUCACGUCAAUUUAAUUUACUUCGCCACAUAAACUCUACCAAAUAAGAAUCUAAGAAGUUUCUCUUAAUCAAGAGAUUAUUUUAUAACAAAUUAUUAGAACAUUGAAAACACAAGAGAUAAAAAAUGGUGGGUGUCAACUAAAUCUGAGUGACGGGGUCAACUAGACCAGUACUCUAAUUUCAACUUAAAUUUCAGAAUCAUUUUUACAAAUUCAAUUAUUGUUUAAAAAUUUAAAUUAUAAUAUAGGUAAUUCUGAGAUAAAUGCCAAAUACCUAGAAUAGGUUUAUUAAUUUACAUCUAAAUUUAGUAACAAAGUCAUUUAAUUAAAGAUCGAAUUUAAAAAAUUAAUACCUUAAAAUUAUUCAAAACAAUAAUUUACUAAGAAAAAUAAUUAACUGUUUUUAUCUUAAUGUCAAGUAAUUUCAAUCUUUGAUCCCAAUUUACUAGAUCUUUAGUAAUUUCUUUAUUUGCAUUUUUACAUAACAGACAUGCAAAAUUAUAAUAGUAAAUAUAUGUUUUUGAAAUAUAAUAUUGUAUAAUAUAGUUUGUAAGUAUAAAAACCCACCUUUAUUUUUUAUUCAAACAUUUAAGUUUUUAAAUUGUAUGAUUUAUAGCCAUAAAUUACAAAAAUAGGUAUACGGUAGGUUAGGUUAUUUUAAUAUUUGCAUGUAAAUUGCUUGGGUGAUUUCAUUAUAAAUUGUUUUAAUUAAAUUUAACUGAAGUUAUGUUAUUUUAUAAUAUUAGUUGUUGCUACUCUGGCUAUUACAUUUUUUCAUGUAGUUUUUAAUAGUUAGUAUAUGUUGGCUGGCUUAACUAAAUACGGUGUACAAUUUCAUUGUUUUUAAUUUGUACACACUAUGUUUUCUACAAAAAUUAUUGCUCCAAUAGAAAAACGACAAGAAGUUUUUUUGUUGCAUUUUUAAUCUAGUUGAUUAGUUAGUAACUCAUUAUUUGAUUUCCUAAGUAGUUUUCAUAUUAAUUGAGCAAAAUUGAAAAAAAAAUUAUUUUAUUAUUUUAAAUUUCAUUUUUUCGUUUACCUAAUUCAGUUGAAAAUAUUCAUAUAAAUUUAACAUUUUGCAAGUUUUUUACUUAAUUAUUUGGUUUGUAUUCAAUUUUUGGACUAAACAGAAACCCUUAAAAAUUCACCAGGAAUUUCAUUAUAACUUGGUGGUAAGAAAAAAAAAAUUUAAAAAUUUAAUUUAUAGUGGUUUAUUAUUAUGUUUAUUUAUGUAUGAGAAUCCUUCCAUCAAAUUUCGACAAUAUUAUUAAAUAUUACCAAACUACACACAGAAUUAUUUAUCGUUAGUAAAGAUUAAUCGUUGCUUACUAAUAUACAUUAAAUUUCUAGGUUCCCAACGUCUCACCUACAACAAUGGUACAUCCAUGCCCAGUAUCAGCCUUUUUUAUAUUCUGAACAAAGUGAGAAAUUUAUUGGAUUUACAAUAAUGUUAUUUUUAAAUUUUUUUCUUUAAAUAACUUCUAGUAGAAAUUUUCCUCUGAUUUUCCAGUAUAGCCCAUUUUCUGAAAGGAAAUUUUAUCUGUGUGGUCUUGGGCAUGUCAUUUUUGAUAUGCUAAGAAGAUUUUUUAAUAAUUGGAAAUACUCUAAAAAUAUUUGUAAAGACUUGAUAUUUGGAUAGAACACUUAUAUUUGCCCUUUCUACUAUUGGUAAACUUUUAAAAAUAUUUUACUUUUUUAUUUAUAGACAUUUUAAUUUUGCGAGUUGUUUUACGUAAUUUUAUUUGGUAGUUCCUCUGUGUAGAAAAUUGUUUGUUUAGCCCAUACAGAAAUGCUUGAAAAUUUAAUGGAGGUUUUAUGUCGUAUUUUGUGGUAGAACAUUUUAUAAAAUUCAAACUAAUGUAGAAUUUUUUAUAUUUAAAUUUUGAUGAAAAUUUAUAUUUAAGAUUUAUUAAGAAAAUGCAUAAGGAAAAUUAAAAUAUGACUUCAUCUUGCACCGACUAGAUGUAAAAUUUUAUUCAUUUUUAUUAAAGUAAGAUUUUGUGGUAGAAAAGUUGUUCACAUAGUAAAACCAAUACAUUGCUCAGAAUCUAAAAAAAAAAUAUAUACAUGUGUAAAUUAAUUCACAAAUUAUGCAGUUAUAUGAUGUUCUUAAACCUAAAAUAUGUGAUUAUUUCGAACAAGUUCCAAAAUAUGCCAAUUUAUAGAAAACAAUUUUUGUAAAAAAUUACAAUAUGUACUUACCAAACAAAUUUGCAAAUGACUAAACUUCCAAGCCUUGGUAAAUAUGGUCCCCUUUGCAGUUUUUUCUCUGCCAAUAAGUUUAUCAUUAUUUAAUUAUUAAAGUUAAAAUAUUGUAAUGUUAAUAUUAUAUUUUAAAUGUUGUUUUAUUAACAUUUCAUAAUUUAAAAUUCAUUCAAGUAUAUUAAAAUUGUAUAUAACUUAAAAUGAUCACAAAAAAAAAAAAAAAAAGAUUUAUCGGUUUUUUUCCUUUAUUCAAAAUGUUUGUUCUCACUAAUUAUUCCCCAUUUAAUCUGAAUCAUUACUAAAUUAUAUUGCUAUAUUAGUAUGAAAUAUUCAAUUCUAUUUUACUAUUUAAGUAUGUAAUUUAAUAUUGUCAUCAACACAACGAAACCUUUGUAGGUUAAUUUUAUCAAAUUGUACAGGAGAAGCGAAAAACCGUAACACUGCUUAAUAUUUAUUAUUUAUGAACAAUUUUAACUUUUUCAUCUUCUUUUCUAAUUUCAAGUAAUUUAACUUAAUAUUCUUAAUAUCAUGUUAUUAUAACUUUUUAGUGUACUAAAACUAAUAAAAUUCUUAUCAUAGCCACUUAUUAUUUAUUUAUACAUAUAUAUAUAUGGGUAAAUGCCCUUUUUACAAGAUUAAAUAACUAUUGUAUCAAAAUUAGUAUUAAUAUAAUAAUUUUAUUAAUUUUAAAGCCUUAAAUCUGAAUAUAUUGCGGGAAGUACAAAAAAAUGUAUAAUUUCCAUAGCUGGUAUUUUAAUUAGUAAUUACGAAUAAAUCUAAAUUCUUAGUGUUUCUACUUGGUAUUCGAAAACCAAUUUCAGCCUAUAGCUCAGAACAGUUAAUGAGGUUGUUUAAAAUAUUGUAUACUAACAAAAUAUCUAUUAAUUAUGUCUUGCACUUAGUGAGUCUAGGCUCAAGAAGUUUUUAAUGGUAUCUCUAGUGAUGUUUUUAACAAACAAGGUUUUUAAACUCUCAUCUUUCUAUUGAUAAAACCUAACAUUUUAUUAUAUGAUUUGUUUAUUAUAAUAUUAACAUUGACUUGUGAGGAUUUGUUAUUAAUAAUAUAGUUAUGAGUUUUUAUGUAUUAUUUAAUAAAAUACAUCUAAUUAUUCCAUGAUAAUUAUAUUAAAAUCUGUAAAAAACAAUGUCAACUUUUCAACUUGCAAUGUUCAUUUAAACAACCGAUGGUAUGUAUUUUAUAUUAUUUAUGAUAUAUAAAUAACUGUUACUUAUAUAGGUAUUAUUGAUUUUUUUAGUAUUUCUCAGGAAGUUCAAAAUGUGUAUGAAUUUAAAAUAUUUUAUUUCUGAUAUUAAAAAAUAAAUGAUAAUUUUUCAUUAUAAUUAUCUGUUUGUCUCGAACUGUGUUCCUUAAUUUUAAUAAAACCUACCUACUAUAUUUCAAACAGUUAAUAACUUAUAAAAUACCAUAUAAAUUUGUUAUUUUGAAUGCGUCUUAACCUACUUGAACUUUCUAAUUUAUAAUUGAUGAACAUUAUUAUCACUGAUCUAACUUAACAGGAUUGAUUAUGUGUAUAAAAUGUAUUUCUGGAAUCUGGCCAGUCAAUUUUUAAAAUUGUUGAAAAAAAUACAAAAUAAAUGUAUAAAAGUGAGAACAAAAUUAAAUUUGAACCAAGAUUUAGAGGAUUUGUAUCGAAAGUUCUUAGAGUGGGUAUAAAAAAAUACAAUGUGAAUAUUUUAGAAUUUCGGGUUAUACAUUUUGAUACCCAUAAAUAAUUACAAAAUAUUAACUAUGGUAGUUUUUUAUUAUUGUAUGUAUCUACAUAUUGAGUAAAUGUUAUCUAUUUAUAAAUUGAAUAGUGUCUUUGUAUUUAUUAUAUUUAAUAUAUAUAUAUAAUAAAUAAUAUUAACUUUUUAAUUUAAUAUUUUAAUUAUUGUUCUAGUGCUUUAGUAGAUGUAUUCACAUAUAUGUGUAAUAGGUUUUUGUUUUUUAUUUUUAGCAACAAAUUAUUGGCCUGUGUCCCGGCAUAGUUAUCUUGGCUGCUUCUAUUUUAUAUUAUAAUCCUGCAAUACUACUUGUUUUUCAGCAUUUACUAUUGAUAAUACAUAAAAUUAUAAUUUGUAAUACUUAGAUUUUCGUUAUUAGUAGUCAUGUACUAGAUAAAUUAUUUCUAUUUGAUAAUCAGUUAAUUAAUUUGUGAUUUGAUAAAUAUUAUUGUUUUAUUAAUUGCACAAACUGUCUUAAUAUGACUGUAUAAUUUUAUUAGUAAUUACUAAAGAUAAGGAUUCAUAUACUUACAUAAAAAAUAUUGUUGACAUAAACCCAUGUGGUAUUUAUACGAGAUAAAUAAAAAUAAAUACACACAAUAUCUAAAUAUACAAAACAUAAUAUAUUUAAUAUUAUAUUUGUUUGAUACAAAACCAAAUACCAAUUUUUAAGGUUAUAGUUUAUUUGCACUUGUGUAUAAACAUUAAACAUGUCAAAGUUUGAUGUAGUGAUAUAUUAAAAUGAUCUUUGUGAUCUUUCUUCUCUCACAUGAACACGUGCAUGCCCACUAUUGUUAUCUUCUAGUUGUAUAAAAUCAUUCUAGAAUAUAAAUUGAUUGGAAUAAAAAAAAAUUAAGCUUAUAAUUAAUUUUAAUAACUGUUAAAUAUAACGAUAUUUUAUAAGUUUUAUAUAAUAUAUAUUUUGUUUUACAAUUUCCAAUAUUGUAUUGUUUUUUAAUAAUAAAAACAUAUUUUUAGAUAUUAUUUUUAUUUGACUUCCUACAAAAUUAUAUUAAAUCUAUGACAACUAUUAUUUUGGCUGUAUUUCUUAACACCUCAUAUUCUGCAAUGAAUAUAGUUUAAAAUUGUUUUUUUUUUUUUUUUGUAGGAUGAUUUUCCAUUUGAUGAUGACAUGCUAAAAGGUCAUUUAAGUGUUCGUUCACAUUUAGAAGAUUUGGCUAAAAGGCAUCCUGAUCUUGCAGGACAUUUACGUUGUCCACCUUGGGGAGGUGAACCAAGCUCGAGAGGUUGGAGUCGUAAACGCACUGUAUCUGAGGAAGAUAACGCAACUGGGGGACCAUCAGAUCUCAACCACAACUACGCGACACACACUGAAUCUAGUCCUGAUAAAAAACGAUUAGAAGAAAAUAUGGAUAAGCAACAAUCUCCAAUUGAAAAUAAUUUUAGAUCUCAGGAAAAUGAUGACAAACCUCAAAGGUUUGUUUCUAAAUUAGAGUUUACACCAGUAAAUCCUAAUAAUCAAUCUGAAAAUAUUCAACAACCAUCACAGACACAACCACAUCAAAAAGAACCUCAAAAUGAUACAUUUACACCAUCUCAUGGAACUCAAAAACAACCUAAUGUGCGACACAUUCCUAUUUAUGUGGAAGGUCGUUCUGAACCAGUAUAUCCAAAGAAUGUUGAUAAAAUAUUUAGUGAUAAUGGUAGCUCAACUUUGCCAAAACGCACAUCCAGUAAACCAUCUCCAUUUGCACACCAUUCCUUCCCUGACCAAAAUACUGGACAACGUCGUCAAACACCUCCUUCCCAACAACAACGUCAGCAAACUCCUCCACAGGACACCAGAUCAACACCGCCAUCUACUCCUCGCCAACAAGUCAAACCAGUAGAUGCUCUGGAAAAAGUACAAAAUGUUCAAACAGAAAUAGAAGAAUUGGCAAUAGCUGUUAAUCAGUUCUCUGGUACAUCACGUAGCGAUAAACAAUAUAUCUAUUUAGAUGAGAUGCUUACAAGAAAUUUGAUCAAGUUAGACAUUAUUGAAACUGAAGGUAAAUCUAUGUAAUUAAAUAUUAUAGUAUAUUCAUUUAAUAAUAAAUAAUAUCAUUAUUCUAUAUAGUAAAAUUGCACUCUAUUUUUUAAUUUUGAAACCUACAUUGAAUUUUGUUGAUUAAAGGUAAACAUAAUUGGAAACAGUGUGAAAGUUUGUUUAUCAAAAUUUUAAAAAUUUAUAAUUUUGAGAUAAAAUACUAUUAUGCAUAUUAGAUUUAAAGGGCAUAGGAAAAUUCAAAUUGUAGUUCUAAUUUGAAUGUUAACGAAAAAAAAAUCACGAGUAAUUAUAUUUAUUUUACAGGAAGAGAUGAUGUGCGUGUAGCUAGGAAAACAGCUAUCAAAACUAUCCAGGAUACAAUUUCUAUUUUAGAAAAUAAAGUUCCUUUAUCUCAAGAAAAAUCAACUGAAAAAUCAAUUGACAAUUCAACAGAAACUGUGACAGUUAAAAAUGAGGUUUCAGAACCUAAUAAAAUAGAAAACAAUUGAAGUUAGAUGUCAGUUGAAACCUUACUAUGCAAUUCUAUAAUAAUAGUUUCAAUUACAUAGUUCAUUGUAAUGUUAGAUCCCUGAACUGUUGAUAAAACUCGUAUUUGUCUAAUUUGUUUAACUAUUGUAGCUUCAGUUAGUAUAAAUAAUUGUAUAAUAAUUUUGUGUGGAGACUGGUUACACUGAAACUAAUGUGCUUGUAUAUUAUAUAUUAUAUUCAUUAUUAAAUAAGGAUUAUUUUUAGUAGAUGAAAUCAUAUUUUUAUAGUUUCUACACAUUGAAAAACGUUUUUGUUGGUAUUUUAUUUGAAAAAAUCGUAUUGUUAAAAUAAAAGAUUGUUUAAAGAUAUUUUGUUUUAAUGUAACUUUUAAGAUAAUAAUUUGAUCUAAACUAAAUCAAAUAGUUUCAUUGAUCUAACCAAAAUAAUGUGAUAGAAUGUAAUCAAAAACAGACUUGAUUAUAUAAGUAUAUAACUAAUUUUGUUAAGGAUUUUAAGACCUGUUAAAACUAUAGAUUUCUAAAAUUGAUUAAUUUUUCAGAACAGUUAGGGAAAUACAUUUUAAAUUGUAUAUUAUGUCAUGUAUUAUCUUCUACUAUUAUAUACACUAUACACUAGGUAUGUAAAUAACAAUUUGAUUACAAUUGUAAUGGUAAUAUUUGAAUUAAUAAUUUUAAGUAGUUUUUAAAUAAAUUCAAAAUUUGAAUUUGUAAUUUUUUGACUGUUUAUGCUAUUUACCUAAUUUAAUGUACUUAUAUUGCAAUUAUUUAUUUUGUAUAAGUUAAAAAAAAUAUUGCAAAAACAUAAUCGAAUUUAUAGAUGCAUACAUUUAUGUUUUAUACUUAAAAUUUAUAUAAUACAAAUCAUAUAUUUUUUUUCUUAAUAAAUAUUUCAUAAUAUUAAAGUUAAUUCAGAAAUUCAGUUUAAUACAAUUGUUUUAAUAUAUAUUUGUUAAGUAUUUAUUAUUUGUUUUAUUCAAAUCAUUUCUUCUAUUUUAGCUACGUAUAACAUGUCUAAUAAAUUUAUUUCUAAGAUAAUAUUUUACCAGCUAAUAACUUCAAUAAUAAAUUUUAUGACGCGCCAUUUAUACUUUGUGUUAAUUCAUUGAAUUCAUAAUUUGAAGUGCAAAAAUAAUUAUAUUUUCAGUUUGAUAAUCCUAAGCGUCUAAAUAUGAAUUUAUUAUUAGAGGUAAAACAUCUUAAUUCAAAUAUACUAUUAUGUAUCUUUGUAACAAAAAUAUUCACUUCCAAUCACAUGUGUUUUGUUAAUUAUUUUAGUUUGAAGAAAACUUGUAGCAACAUUAUUGUUAAUAACUGUAUAAUUAUAGAAAUGGAAAAUGAAUAAAACAUUUAGUAAAGAGUCACAAUAUCAAAGUUUACUUGUCCUACGAUUUAAAAUUCAAAACUGCUUCACUAUAUAUAUAGAUAAUUGUGUCGUUCAAUACCUAUAUGGAUUACAAAAAAUGUUAACGAACGGGAU